AUGGGAUACGUAUACGAUCCUAGUCGCCCCAGGGAGGAUUCGAAGGUCAUGUAUCACUACAUCCUACCUGAUAUCCCAGAAAAGACCAUCGUUGGUAUCUACACUGUCCUUCCACCAAACGGCGCAACUCCAUCUCAUACCCACAAAAAUGCGCCGAUCACCUCAUACGUUAUCAGUGGCGCUUACCGAGGUGGACUAAACGAUGGCGAGCCCUUUACCAAAGUGGCAAAGGAGGGCUGGUUAGAGGAUGCCUCCGUCCAUGUUACCCGCAGCGAAAACCCGAGCGAAACGGAGCCAGCCAUUUUCCUCUCCACAGUUGUCAUUGAUACGAAACUUUACGAAAAGGAGGGGGAUGAUUGUCUCUACACGAUUGAUCCACCAUAUAAAUGA